GACAUCAUCAAAGUGCCUUGACCGAAAGUGAUAAUCUGCAACAGUAGGACCCUCCCCACAAUCGUUCCGGGACCCCGGUUUACGCUCUCGGUGAUCUUCUAACCCUCAGAAACGGGUUGGCCCGAAUCGCUGUGUUAAAGCAGCGCGACUAUUUCGACGCCAUCAUGCAACAAGCAUCGUCGCCUGUGCUCCAGCAGCUCCGUUCACUGCACCCAGGAGCACUUCAAACCCUCCACCAGUCGCCAGAUGGAACGUUAUAUUCCCAGACACUCCCAGAGCUGCAGAACCUACACACGAACGAUGUCUUCCAUCAUCACCAACAAUAUACCCUGAGCGGGCCCCCGCCCCCGCAACCACCGGCGCACGCGAUACAUUUCCAACAGCAUGGCCUGCCUCCUUCAGCACAGUUUCCACCCUUUCCAGCAGACUACCAGCACGCUGGCAGUCCACGGUUUGCCUUGACAAACCCACUCCCGCUACCAGGACCCGCGCAGCAACAAUUCCACCCUGCUCAACCAUUACCUCCACCGCGACCGAUACAGCAGCUACCACUUCCACUCCCGCCGCAAACGAUACAGCAACAUGCUGAGCAUGUACAGCUGCCUCAGGCUCGAGCGCGGGCGCAGGUCUACGAAGGGGACGAUACCACCCCAUCCACAGGUCAUGGCCAGUUUCAAGGCCUAAAACUGAUUGCAGAUCCCCCAGACCUCGAAGAAUGGAGGAAAAAGCUCUUCAAUGUAGAUGACACAAUUACCUUGACAGAAGAGGAGUUUCAAACCUACUUUCCCCAUAUCGAUAAUGUCUACUCGCACCGCUCGACCCAACGUCACAAGCGAAAACGUUUCGUAUCACACUACUGGGAUUGUCGGCUCAAGGGACGACCUCCAGGCACUAAAAAGAGUACUGAUCCUGACAAGAAGAAGAGAAAGAGGGUUGCUAGGGAGAGAGAUUUGUGUGAUGUUAAGAUUAAGGUUACCGAGUACUUUGAUGGGAGAGAAUAUGAGGAGCAGAUGGGACAACCGCCACCAGACUUCCAAGAUGGCACAGCAAGCCCAGUAACGACGAAUGCGCCGGGGAGUACUAGCGCACAAGUGGGACCGUAUUAUGGGCAACCGCAGAUACUAGGGCAACAGCCUCUCAAUGCGUGGGAUAUGUCUCCGCCAAACCUCGGUCAACCGAGCAUGAAUCUGACUCAAUUCGCGCCAGGCCCACCGCUCCCACCAGGUCCUCCGCCGAAGAAGUUCUACACAUUCCAGAGGGUCAAUGGAAACGGAGGCAACGGCAAGGGCGACGGGGUCGCGGGGCCGCAUAAGCAUUCGCUGGAAGAAAGCGAUCGUGUGAAAAAGAACAGCGUACUUAGGUGGCAGGCCAAGUGUAAGAAAGACGACAGGAAGAAAGUACCGGGUGGAGAUUCGUCGAAGAAGACCUAUCACAAAAAGGCCACCGGCAAUGCGUUGACGACAGUCAAAAAUCACUCAAAAGACGACGACUUGAAGCUUUACGGGAGCUGUUUUUGUCCCUUCGUCCAGCGUGUGUGGAUAUCCCUCGAGCACAAGCAAAUUCCCUACCAAUACAUCGAAGUCGAUCCUUAUAAGAAACCCCAGUCCCUCCUCGACGUUAACCCGCGAGGGCUAGUCCCCGCUCUCCGCCACGGCCCAGCAUGGUCAACCCACGAGUCCACCGUCAUCAUGGAGUACCUCGAAGACCUCAAUACCGGCCCUGCACUCUUGCCUCCAGAUGUGCAAACGCGCGCUACAUCACGCCUCUGGAGUGAUCAUGUGAAUCGAAAUAUCAUUCCAUGCUUCUACAAGUUACUCCAAGCACAAGACCAAAACGAUCAAAUUGAACAUGCCAGCGAGCUUCGAAACCAGAUUAACAAGCUCGUCGAUGCGGCCGACUCUAUCGGCCCAUUCUUCCUUGGCGAUCAGAUUUCGUUUGUGGAUGUACAGAUUGCGCCUUGGAUGAUCCGGUUACGAAGAGUGCUAAGCCCGUAUAGAGGCUGGCCAGAAGCGGUGGAAGGGAGCAGAUGGAAGAAGUGGAUUGAUGGUAUCGAAAGUGAUAGGAGUGUGAGGAUGACUACGAGCACUGAUGAGUUGUACAUUGAGAGCUACGAGAGGUAUGCGGAGAAUCGGCCAGGGACCAGUCAAUUAGCUGAUGCGGUGAACUCCGGAAGGGGAUUGCCUUGAGAGCGGGUCCACAAGCGUUCACGAGUUGACGAUAGGAUCAUGAUGAGGGAUGGGGAAACAGGCCCAUGUUUCACAAUAUUCCUCUACAGCCUCUAUCGAGUAUGAAUGAUUAUGCUAGUAAUGAUAUUCCGAGCGAAACGUCCUCAACUA